GCAGACCAGGUCACCUGGUGCUGUGUACAGCAAGAUUCAGUUAAAUGCUUUUGUUGCUCUCUGUUUCUCCUCAGCCCCAGUGGGAACAAGAAUGUCACUGUCACUGUGCCUCACACCAUCACAGAAUGGAAAGCAGGGAUGUUCUGCACAGGACGUAAUGGCUUUGGACUUGCUCCAACCGCCAGUCUCCUUGUUUUCAAGCCCUUUUUUGUGGAGCUUGCACUGCCAUCUUCUGUGAUCCAGGGUGAGACCUUCAUCUUGAAGGCCACAGUCUUCAACUACCUGCAGCAAUGCAUGAAGAUCCAGGUGACCCUGGAGGAGUUGGCACACUUCCAGCUGAAGCCAUGCAAAGACUGUGUCUACAGCAGCUGUUUAUGUGCCGAUGAAGCUAAGACCUUUCAGUGGAGUGUCACAGCUGAGCAACUGGGGCUCAUGAACAUCACCCUCAGCACAGAGGCUGUGGCCACUGAAGAACUCUGUGGAGGACAGAUACCAUUUGUCCCAAACCAAGGACAGAAAGACAUGAUCACCGAACUCCUCCUAGUCCGGCCAGAGGGUGUGUUGGUAGAAAAGGCUCACAGCUCCAUCCUGUGUCCCAAAAAAGGGAAUCCAGCACAGGAGUCUGUGUCCCUGAUGUUGCCUCGAAAUGUGGUUGAAGGUUCAGUCAGAGCCACUGUCUCGGUCACCGGUGACCUCAUGGGGACAGCACUGCAGAACCUGGACCGUCUGGUGCAGAUGCCCCAUGGCUGUGGGGCGCAAAACAAGGUGCUGGUUGGCCCCGGUGACUAUGUGCUGCAGUACCUGGUGAAGACUAGGCAGCUGACCCCUGAGAUCAAGGAGAGGGCAAAAGGUUUCCUGCGCAAUGGGUACCAGAUACAACUGCAGUAUCAACACCCUGAUGGUUCCUACAGUGAAUUUGGUACCAAGGAUGAGUAUGGUAAUACUUGGCUGACUGCAUUUGUAGUUAAAUGCUUUGUCCAAGCCAAGCCAUACAUUUUCGUGGACAACAGGACCAUCCAAGCCGCUCUUACCUGGCUGGAGUUCCACCAGCUUCCCAAUGGUUGCUUCAGAAAUGUGGGCCAACUUUUCCACACAGCCAUGCAGGGAGGUGUGGAUGGGGAGGUCCCCUUGGCUGCCUACAUCACAGCUGCAUACUUGGAGGCAGGAGAGUCACCAGAGAGCACAGUGGUGCGCAAGGCUCUGGGCUGCAUCGCUCCUUCCCUUCCCAAAGCUGCCAGCACCUACACCCAGGCCCUGCUGGCCUACACCUUUGCCCUGGCUCAGGACUCUCAACGCACGCGAGAGCUACUUGAUAUCCUUGAUCAAAAGGCAAUCAGAGAAGAUGGGCAGAUCCACUGGAGUCAGACCUUGUCCAAGCCUAAACCCAGCACCAGCCCUUGGUCACAGCCACUGUCUGUGGAUGUGGAGUUGUCAGCCUAUGUUCUCCUGGCCCUGCUCUCCAAGCCAAACGUCACAGGGUCUGAUCUCACCACAGCCUCUGGCAUCGUGGCCUGGCUCACCAGGCAGCAGAAUGCCUAUGGAGGGUUUGCCUCAACACAGGACACAGUAGUGGCUUUACAGGCCUUGGCUAAAUAUGCAGCACUGACGUACAGCACGAAAGGGGCUGCAGAAGUGAGGGUGAGGUCCCAGAGAGGCUUUGGGAGGAAGUUCCAAGUCUCCUCCCAGAACCGGCUAUUGGUACAGGAGGCAGCACUGACAGAAAUCCCAGGAAAGUUCUCAGUGCAGGCGCACGGCAGCUGUUGUGUCUUUACCCGGAUGGUGCUGAGGUACAACACGCCCUCCCCUCAGGUCUCCAAAUCCUUUGCCUUGCGAGUGAGAACUGAGCCAGUCAACUGCACCGAGGGCGACACAGACUCUGUUACUGUCUAUGUCAAUGUCAGGUACACUGGGAAGAGAUCAACUUCCAGCAUGGUGAUCGUGGAGGUGUCUCUACUGUCUGGAUUCGUCCUGGCUCCAGGAUCUGGGAUGUCU